AUGGGUCCCAAAUGUGCAGUAACUAAAGAACAGGCCAUUGAAACAAUUAUUCGAUACAAGUCACAUCUUGAUCUUGCUCUCAUAUCUCAAAAUUAUAAAAGUGAUCUACCUGCCUACACAUCUGAUGUGUGGAAAAAUAUGAGUAAAGAAUACGGGAAUGCGUGGCGAUUCAAUCACUGGUAUAUAAAUAUAAGGGAAAAUCGGAGAAACAUUUUUACUGAAGCUCGAGAACGAUUAGGAAUCAGAUUAAACGAAGAAUCUGUUCCUUUAAAUAAUUCCGAGAGAUUGUACGAAGACGAGCAGGAUUCAGAUAAUGGAUCAGUGUGUUCUAUAGAACCUGAAGUUAGAGCCAACGAAAGCCUUUUUGAAUUGUAUUUGAGUCAAGAACAGUGGCAACGCAUGAAACCACUGGAAAAUGAUUCAACAAAGAAAAGAACGACGCACACUUUGAAACCUCAUGUCUGGAGUAACAUCAUUGCGCUGGAAUUUUUCAAGCAACACCGUUUGCCUUGUGCUUACGUCUUCGAGAGGGCUGAAAUAAAUACAUCUACGAGCAGAAAACAUUUCCUCAAGAUUACGGGUCGAUGUCGCGAUAAUGACUGCAAUAAUUAUUUUUUUGGUUAUGCCGAUCAAGAGCCAUGUGAUCAUGGGGAGUUUCUGCUCACUGUCAGGACUCGUGAUACGUCAUUUGAGGAUCACAAGGAAGUGAAACGUGUUGUUAAUGGUGCUUACCGGAAAGAACUUGGCAAGGUUUGUGCUGCAGAGGGAUGUCACAAUGUACAGAAAUCUAUGGCCCGGAAAUACUUGAAACGAGGUGAUGCAGAAGGUCCAAUGAUUCCAAGCCUAGAUGUACUACACCAUGCCAAACAAGAAUUUCAAGACGAAGAGUUGGGAAUUCCGAAAAAGCAUAAUUCUGAUCCAAUCCUGGCUAUUUACAACAUGCAAUUUGAACCAAGUUUCCUUGGUUCAAUCCAAGAUAUUGGGUACAACCCUUUUUUUGUGUUUUAUGGAACACCUGAACAAAGGACAAUCUAUCUACAAUAUCUUAAUCAUAUGAAAGGUUCAGCAAGUGUUAGUAUAGAUGCUAGUGGGAGCAUGGUUCGUAAAUUAAAGCGGCAACAUGGGCUAAAAUCUGCACACCUUUUUUUGUACUGUAUCGUCAUCAAUUUCAAUGAAAAAUUUUCAUCGGUUUAUCAAAUACUCACUGAAUCCCAUGAGAAUGAGACCAUUGAGUAUGGAUUGAAACGAUGGUUGCGACAAGUCCGUCGUCAGCCAAAUGUAAUAACACAAGAUUAUGAACGAGCUCUCCUCAUCGGCUGCUCCAACGCCUUCAAUGGUAUUUCUAUUAAAAAAUAUGUUGAUAAUGCUUUUUACUCAAUCACCAAAAAUGGUGGUGUAGCCGGAGACUAUGCAUCGACAUAUAUUCGAGUCGAUGUAGCCCAUUUAAUUCACAUGGCCUGUAGAUGGGACUGCCUCAAAACUCAUCAUUCACGCCUUAUACGAGACUUCUUUAUUCGAUGCAUCGCACUACUAGUCGACUGCCAAGAUCUUGCAGACUUUCGUGAAAUAUUCGGACUAACGUGUGUCGUUGCACUCCAAAAUUAUGAAGAUACAGCAGUGAAUAAAUUUGCGAAUACUGCUAAGGAUGCUCGAAUAAAAUUGCAAGAUUACCUUAGCCUACGAAAAGUCGACAUCAACGGUUAUCUCACUAUUCUCGGAGAAUCGGAAAAACCUGCUGAAUAUGAAUAUGCUCCUGUCGCUCAUCCUGAGGAAGUCACAACUUCUAUUUCUCCAAUCGAGACAUAUAUUAACGAUAUCAUCACUGCAGCCGGAGUGGAAACUAAUACCGGAAGAGAAGUAAAUGGUUUUUAUCUACCUAAAUUUGUGACUCAACUACAUAGAAUUGGAAAAGAAUUUCCGUUGUGGUCAGCUGUGGGAAUGCCCAGCUUUGUUGGACAUGCAACAAGUAGUUCUUCCGAAUCGAACUUUAACGACUUGAAAAACAGAGUUUUUAAAGAUCAUCCGAAUGGUUUACGAGUAGACAAAUUUGUGGCAAAACAUCUUUUAGAUUUAACGGGUGGAACGAGACUCAUGGCAUCUAAAAUUAUUCAAGCUCGAAUAAAAAAGUCUGAUUAUCCAAAGUUCAUUAAAAAAACAACAUUUGACGUAAAUAGAAAAAUUCCUGUAAAUUGUGGAAAAAGUGUUGAGAGCAAUGAAAAAUUUGGGAAUGAUUCUGAUGUAUUUAGCCGGGAAAAUUGGCGUGGAAAAGCAGCUUCGCCUGUCUUCCACCAAGAUCGUAGUGGCGUGGAUGAAGAAUGCAAGUAUUUGCUUUCUAUCAUUCGCAAUGAGCACGAUUAUUUAAACACCAGUAGUGACCCGAUCAAUGAACAGGAUUCAUGUUUUAGUGCCAAUAAGGAAAAUUUAGCAGUUACAGAUUAUAUCAACAAGAACAUAGUUGAUGAAAAACAAAAUUCUAUUCAAGGACAAACAAAAAAUAAAACAACUAUAACUGAGAAUAACAAUAGAACUAAAUUUUUCAAUCCUUGCCCAGAAAUUAAAUAUUUGAAUCAACUGAAAUCUCAUCCUAGGAAAUCCUAUUUAUUACGUAACGGUAAUCUUUGUCCUGCAGUUCGUGGUAUUCUCGGUGGCCAGCUUCAUGUAAAAAAUACGUGUGGAUUUGACUCAAUCGCUCAUAUAUUGUAUACAGCUGCACUCGACGAUGAUAAUUACAAAUCAUUCAUUGAAAAAUCUAAUGUGCAGUUUCUUUCGUUUGUGAAAAACUUUAUGCAGAAUGGACCGAAAGUAUCGACUUAUAAAGAACGUGCUACAAUUUUACUGCCCUAUUACAAGGAAAAACUGAAAUGCGAAGUUGCCAACAAGCGCGUUAUUGUGCGUACAAUGGACGUCACAGACUCCAUUGCGAACAUUUGGGAUCAUUUGCUUGAAUCACAACCAAGUGCUCAUCGGAAAAUUCAUUGUGACAAAUGUGGUGAAUCAGUUCAAUCACUGAUGACACUAUACGUCCAUGACCAUGGCCUUGUAGUCAGGGAAGGUUUCAGUGCUCUCCAGUACGCCAUCCAGUUUUCUUCAGUAGCUUGUCGACCUUGCAGAAAAAAUGGUUGUGAUGGAUCUGUUACUCAUACAACAGAGACCAAUGACCAUUUACUCAUCGAGAUAGACGUUAAAGAUGUGUUGGCUGGAGUUAUCCAGCACGCGGCUGGCCAUUUUACAUAUUUUAAUCGCAGAAGGUCAUCCGGUCGUUUUGAGUUCUAUAACGACACUGACACAAAAGUUGACAAAACCAUAAAAUCCACUAGAAUUAUUGAGCCUAAAGCCUAA